AUGUCAUCAGAAAAUGGUGAAACGUCGGAAUCCAAAUCAGAAGAAUCUUUUCAACAACAAAGCCGAUACAGGGAUGCUCUUGGGUGUCCCAAUGUAAUAUGGAGUCCUGGUCUUGAGCGUCCUGAACAGAUAAAUAUACAACGCGAAAUUUUGCAGUCAAAAAUGGACUCAUUGAUUCAUUUUGAAAAUGAACUGGUCAAAGAUAUAAACAGACUUUACCAUCAACGUGAGACUGAUCUCAUUUCCCACAGUUGUGAAAAAGAUGAUAUCACACGUACAAGUUACGAAAUUUCAAAGAUAAUUGCGAAACGAAUGAAACCAUUUUCAGACGGAGAAUUUAUAAAAGAAUGCUUAAUGGCAGUGGCUGAAAAUCUAUUUCCUACAAAAAGAAACAUUUUUGAAUUUAUCUGUUUAUCUCCAAGAACGGUAACAAGAAGAGUAGAAGAAAUGUCAUUCGAUUUAAAUAACUCUUUAAAAAACAUUUUUGGGAAUUUCAAAUAUUUUUCUAUCGCAUUGGAUACUAGUACUGACAGAAGGGAUACUUCUCAACUUGUCAUAUUUGUUCGAGGGAUAACUGAAACAUACCAAAUUUUUGAAGAAUUUGUCAAGGUUAUUCCAAUUAUGGGUACAGUGACAGGAACCGACGUUUUCUUGCAUUUAAUGCAACUUUUAACAGAAUUAAAUCUUUCACUUUCAAAAUUAGUUGGAAUUACAACAGACGGGGCUCCAUCUAUGGUUGGGAACAAAAAGGGAACUAUUACAUUAGUCCAAAAUGAAAUGGAAAAAUUUGGAAUUGAGUACAAUUUGGUUAAGAUUCACUGUAUUGUUCAUCAAGAGGCGUUAGUUGCCAAAUCAGUCAGGUUACGUGAGACAAUGGAUGCUGUUGUUAAUGCAGUAAAUUUUAUUUUAUCCCGCGGCUUGAAUCAUUGGCAGUUCAGGCAAUUUUUAAUCGACACUGAAGCAGAAUAUGGGGAUCUUUUAUAUUUUUAUAAUGUCAGAUGGCUUAGUAGAGGAUCAAUGCUCAAAAGGUUUUUUCAUAUACGGGAAGAUGUUAUAAUUACUUGA